GUUUUUUUUUUUCCGUGGACCAAGAUAUGACGCAUGCGUAUCAUAAAUUAACAGACUGAUUGAAUUAAAGUGAUAUAAAAUAUUCUCCACAAAAAUUCUUAGAAGUAUUAUUAAAAAAAAUAACAAAAAAAAAAAGGAGCAAUACUGGAUUAAUUACUCAAAUUAAACAGAUUAAAAUUAAAUCAUCAACAUGACUAAUGUGAUAAAAUUAAUAGCUCCUUUAUUUAUAAUUGUUUGUAUGUUUUUGGCAACUUGGAUUUAUUUCAAGAAUCCACCUCAAGAAAAAUCUGGAUAUAAAAAAUAUUUUUGUGAUUUUAAAUCAAUAUUUAUGGACAAAAAUGUUUGUUAUGGUGUGAAUGAUGCAUCAGUUAAAUUAAAUAGUAAAAUAAAAGUACUUCCAAAGGAUAUAUUCAAAGGAAUGAAUAAUCUUGAAACAUUGGAAUUACAAUCAACUGGAUUAAUGAGUAUUGAUGAAUCUAUAUUUAAUAAUUUGUCAAAUUUAAAAAAACUCAAUAUCCAUAAUAGUAGUUUAGUUUAUAUACCAUCACAAUUAUUUAAUGGACUUGAAAAACUUGAAAGUUUAUCAUUAACAUCAACACGUAUAAAAAGCUUUGAAGAUAAAAUAUUUCAUGGUUUACGAAAACUUAAAGUACUUCAAUUAAAUAAUAAUAAUUUAACAAGUUUAAGAUCAAAUUCAUUUGUUGAAUUAAAAUCUUUGCAAAGAUUAUACCUGCAAUCAAAUAAAAUUUCAUUAAUUCAUAAUGAAACAUUUGAUGGUCUUGAUAAACUUGAAGAGCUUGAUAUAAAUAAUAAUAAUUUAUCAUCAGUUGAAUCAGGUAUAUUUACUGGACUAAAUAGUCUCAAGUAUUUACGCUUAAGCUCAAAUAAAUUAAGCACACUUGAUUAUAAUCUAUUUGAAGAUUUAAAAAAUCUCAAAGAACUUGAUAUUAGCAAUAAUAAUUUAACACAUCUUGAUAAAGAUAUAUUUAUGAAUGUUGGUAAUUUAGAAAUUUUAAAUAUUGCUGCAAAUAGACUGACACAUCUUGACUUACAUAUUUUUAAUGGUUUAAUUAAUUUAUACAAACUUUAUUUAAACAACAAUGAAUUGAUUUAUUUUCAAGAUCAAUUUUUUAAAGAUCUACCAAGUUUACAAAUUUUAAAUUUAUCAACAAAUAAAUUAGUACAAUUGGGCAAUGAACAUUAUAGAAUGUCCAAGAAAAUUCAAAGACUUGAUAUUAGUAAUAAUAAUAUAACAUCAUUGGCUAAAAAUAUAUUUAAUGGUGUUUAUGAUUUGAUAACAUUAAAUAUAUCUUUUAAUCAUAUCGAAACAAUUAAACCAGGUACAUUUGAAAAUUUAACUAAGCUGUAUAAAUUUGACAUGAGUCAUAAUGGAUUUGUUGAUUUACCUUUAAAUAAUUUCCAUGGACUUGAUGGUUUAAGAUUUUUUUAUUUACAAUCAAACAAAAUUAAAUCAAUUGAUCAUGGAUAUUUUGAUAGUAUGACAGAGCUCAUGCAACUUGAUGUUAGCAAUAAUAGUUUAACAUAUCUUACAGAUAAUGUUUUUAAAAAUAAUAAAAAAUUAAUGUCCAUUAAAUUGAGCUAUAAUAAUAUCAAUGAAAUUCAUGAUGAUACAUUUGAAGGACUUGAUGGAUUACAUGAUUUAUAUUUAGAUAAUAAUGAUGAAAAUAUUUUUAAUUCAAAUGCUAUCAAAAAUCUCUCUCCACUUGUUAAUAAACAUUUUUAAUUUGUAAUUUUUUUUUUACAUAAGACUAUGUUAAAAUGUAUUUUUUGUAAAUUUACAUGUAAUCAUUAUUAACAAUUAAAUAAAAUAUUUUUUCUUAUAAAAUUUAUUAUUAAAAAAAAAACAUGAAAAAAAAAAAAUAAUAAAAUAAUUAUAUUUGUCAUAA